AUGUUGGUUUCAGGUCGAUCAGUGGGCGUAGUCUCAACUGCGAGGAUUACACAUGCUACACCCGCGUGUGCGUAUGCCAAAACACCGUCACGUGACUGGGAGGUAGACGGAGAGAUGGUGGGCGUGGCUGAAGGGUGUACAGACAUCGCCUCACAGCUCAUUUAUAACAAUAGUUAUGCUAAAGUAAUACUUGGUGGCGGAAGACAAUACUUUCUAGGCAGAAAUGAUUUGGAUCCAGAACUGAACCACACCAAUUCCGGUAGACAACGACUCGAUGGAGUCGAUCUGACACAGGUUUGGAAAGAUGACAAAGAUAGACGGAAAUUGUCAGCUGAAUAUGUAUGGAACAAAUCUCAGUUCGAUUCUGUAGAUCCUCGUAACACUGACUAUAUACUGGGUCUGUUCGAGGCAGGUCACAUGCAGUACGAACUGGACCGAGACAAUGGAACUGACGGAGAGCCGUCAUUAGCAGAAAUGACACAAAAAGCCAUCCAAAUCCUCCAAAAGGACUCUAAAGGAUUCUUCCUAUUGGUGGAAGGAGCACGUAUAGACCACGCCCACCAUGACAACAACGCCAGACGUUCUCUGUACGAGGUUCUAGCUUUAGAAGAUGCCGUUAAGGUUGCUAACGACAUGACUGACGAAAGUGACACCCUGAUUAUCGUUACAGCUGACCACGCUCACGUGUUCAACAUUGCAGGAUAUCCAAAACGAGGCAACGACAUUUUUGGUGUGGUUGAUAAUGUUGGAGAGGAUGCAAUAGCAGCCGAUGGUAUUCCUUUCACUACUCUCCUUUACGCCAACGGAAAUAGUUAUGACUGGGGGAACCGAACAAACGUGUCUAGCAUAGAUACAACUCAUAAAGACUACCUCCAAGUUGCGGCAGCUCCGCGAAGCUCUGAGACUCACGCAGGAAGUGACGUGACCAUCUACGCACGUGGACCGAUGUCACACCUUAUACACAGUGUGCACGAGCAGCACUACAUAGCGCAUGUUAUGACAUACGCUGCCUGUGUUGCUGAUAAUACACAGCGUUGUGAUCACCUAGAAAAUCGCGAUCCAAAUUCAGCGAACAAGAACCACGACAGGACGUAUUUAUAUGUUAUGUGUGUUUUGAUCAAUUUCCUACAUUUAUACUUUGUACAUGUCUAA